CAGGAGUGUAACCGCUGGGUCCUCAAGCUGGGAAGCCAAUAUGUCGUUGGAGGACCCAUUUUUCGUGGUCAAAGGCGAAGUACAGAAAGCCCUGACGCGGGCCCAGGGACUCUUUGAGCGCUGGGAAGAGUUGCUUCAGGAUGGUACCCCGGUUAGUCGAGAUGAGCUGGAGUGGAGCACCAAUGAGCUUAGGAACUGCCUCAGAGCCAUCGACUGGGAUUUGGAGGACCUAAAUGAAACCAUCAGCAUUGUGGAGUCAAACCCCGGCAAGUUCCGGUUGGGGGAGAAUGAGCUUCAGGAGAGGAAGACCUUUGUACAGCGGACACAGCAGUCUGUGCAGGAAAUGAAGGAUCAACUCUCCAGCCCCUCUGCUGUGGCACAAGCAGAGAAGAAAAAUCGACAGGCACUAAUUGGGGCCACAGGGACAGAUCGCUACGCCGGGCUGGAUCCUCACCUAGUGUCGGCCAACUCCCGCUACAUCCAAGAGCAACAGGAGCAACAGCAGCUCAUCAUGCAAGAGCAGGACGAGCACCUGGAGCUGGUGUCAGGCAGCAUCCGCGUUCUGAAGGACAUGUCCAGCCGGAUAGGAGAUGAACUGGAUGAGCAGGCUGUCAUGUUGGGGGAGUUCGGCGAUGAGAUGGACCACACGAGUUCUCGAAUGGAUUCUGUACUGAAGAAAAUGGAGAAAGUCUCACACAUGACAAGCAGUCGGCGGCAGUGGUGUGCCAUAGGAGUGCUUGUUACUAUCCUGAUAGUGGUCCUGAUUUUAUUCUUUGCACUUUGAAACAACAUGAUCCUUUCUUCCAUUUCAAAUAUUCUUAAAGCGAAUUGGGGAGGGACGGAGGAAGGGGAAAAAAAAAAAAAAGAGCGGUUUAUGGGUAACGAAGAGGAACGAAAGCGUAGUUUUGGGAUUUCUUAAUUCAGUUUUCGUCCGCCUCUCCGGCACAGAGGGGGGCGAGCUCGCGGACUGCGUCAGACGAGUGUCUUCAGCCGUCUUGUCUUUUCGACGCUCCGUCGGUCGUGGAACACCUCCACCCCACAUCUCUCUCCCCACUGCUCCUCUGUGCUGUGAGGUUGGGCAUGGUACAAGACCUCAUUAACAUAUACACACACACACACACA